AGAGAUCAGGAGAAAUAUGGAACUUGAUUGGCAUGUUUUUAUUUGAUGGUGACUGCAAAUAGAUGACUUUAAAGACAGGUGGUAAGGAAAAAUAAGGGAAAAAGAAGGAAAAUGCAAUUUGAGACAUUGCGCCAGGUCUGCAAUUCUGUUUUAUCUCAUUUUCAUGGGGUUUUUUCAUCCCCACCAAAUAUUUUGCAAAAUGAGCUUUUUGGACAAACGCUGAACGAUGCAAGGAAAAGAAGUCCGUCGCUGUCCAGGGACCAGACCCGAAGGUACGGUGAGCCAAGGGAAGAGAGAGAGGAAUAUUCGCAGUAUGCUCCUUCAGACAGCGCAAUGCCAAGGUCUCCAUCAGAUUAUACUGAUAGGCGAUCUCAACAUGAAGCUGAAUUUUAUGAAGAAUCUGAUCAUGUAAAUUACAGGGACUCCAACAGGAGAAGUCAUCGGCAUUCCAAAGAGUACAUCGUCGAUGAUGAGGAGGAUGUGGAGAGCAGAGAUGAAUAUGAAAGACAGAGGAGGGAGGAGGAGUACCAGGCACGCUACCGAAGUGACCCCAAUUUGGCCCGUUAUCCAGUAAAGCCCCAGCCCUACGAAGAACAAAUGCGUAUCCAUGCCGAAGUGUCCCGAGCGAGGCACGAGAGAAGACACAGCGAUGUUUCCCUGGCAAAUGCUGAAUUAGAAGAUUCCAGGAUUUCUAUGCUAAGGAUGGAUCGUCCUUCUAGGCAAAGAUCUAUAUCUGAGCGGAGAGCUGCCUUGGAAAAUCAGCGAUCUUACUCCAUGGAAAGAACUCGAGAGGCUCAGGGGCCUGGUUCUUACCCACAAAGGACCACAAACCAUAGUCCUCCCACCCCCCGGAGGAGUCCCAUCCCCAUCGACAGACCAGACAUGAGGCGCACUGACUCCUUAAGGAAACAGCACCACUUAGACCCCAGCUCUGCUGUAAGGAAAACCAAACGAGAAAAAAUGGAAACGAUGUUGAGGAAUGAUUCCCUCAGUUCAGACCAAUCAGAGUCAGUCCGACCUCCACCACCAAAGCCUCAUAAAUCAAAGAAAGGAGGUAAAAUGCGACAGGUGUCACUGAGCAGUUCAGAGGAGGAAUUAGCGUCCACGCCGGAGUAUACAAGCUGUGAUGAUGUUGAGAUUGAAAGUGAGAGUGUAAGUGAAAAAGGAGACAUGGAUUACAACUGGUUGGACCAUACGUCUUGGCAUAGCAGUGAGGCAUCCCCAAUGUCUUUGCAUCCUGUGACCUGGCAGCCAUCCAAAGAUGGAGAUCGUUUAAUUGGUCGCAUUUUAUUAGAUAAACGUCUAAAAGAUGGAAGUGUGCCUCGAGAUUCAGGAGCAAUGCUUGGCUUAAAGGUUGUAGGAGGAAAGAUGACAGAAUCAGGUCGGCUUUGUGCAUUUAUUACCAAAGUAAAGAAAGGAAGUUUAGCUGAUACUGUAGGACAUCUUAGACCAGGUGAUGAAGUGUUGGAAUGGAAUGGAAGGCUAUUACAAGGAGCCACAUUUGAAGAAGUAUACAACAUCAUUCUGGAGUCCAAACCUGAACCUCAAGUGGAGCUUGUUGUUUCAAGGCCUAUUGGAGAUAUACCCAGAAUUCCUGAUAGCACACAUGCACAACUGGAAUCCAGUUCUAGCUCAUUUGAAUCUCAAAAAAUGGAUCGUCCUUCUAUUUCCGUUACUUCUCCCAUGAGUCCUGGCAUGUUGAGGGAUGUCCCACAGUUCUUAUCUGGACAGCUUUCAAGCCAAAGGCUUAGUAGAAGAACAACGCCUUUUGUUCCUAGGGUUCAGAUAAAACUAUGGUUUGACAAGGUUGGUCACCAAUUAAUAGUUACAAUUUUGGGAGCAAAGGAUCUCCCUUCCAGGGAAGAUGGGAGACCGAGGAAUCCUUAUGUUAAAAUUUACUUUCUUCCAGACAGAAGUGAUAAGAACAAGAGAAGAACUAAAACAGUAAAGAAAGCAUUGGAACCAAAAUGGAACCAGACAUUCAUUUAUUCUCCAGUUCAUCGAAGAGAGUUUCGGGAGCGAAUGUUAGAAAUUACCCUUUGGGAUCAAGCUCGGGUUCGAGAGGAAGAAAGUGAAUUCUUAGGCGAGAUUUUAAUUGAAUUAGAAACUGCGUUAUUAGAUGAUGAGCCACAUUGGUACAAACUUCAGACCCAUGACGUCUCCUCAUUGCCACUUCCCCACCCGUCCCCAUACCUGCCACGGCGACACCUCCAUGGAGAAAGCCCCACGCGAAGGUUGCAAAGAUCAAAGAGAAUAAGUGAUAGUGAAGUCUCUGACUAUGACUGUGAUGAUGGAAUUGGUGUAGUCUCAGAUUAUCGACAUAAUGGUCGAGAUCUUCAGAGCUCAACAUUAUCAGUGCCAGAACAAGUAAUGUCAUCAAAUCAUUGUUCACCAUCAGGUUCUCCCCAUCGAGUAGAUGCAAUAGGAAGGACUAGAUCAUGGUCACCCAGUGUCCCUCCUCCACAAAGGAAUGUGGAACAGGGACACCGAGGGACACGUUCUUCUACUGGACAUUAUAAUACAAUUAGCCGGAUGGAUAGACAUCGUGUCAUGGAUGACCAUUAUUCUCCAGACAGAGACAGUCAUUUUCUUACUCUACCUCGCUCCAGAAACAGGCAGAGCAUUGAGCACCAUCAAAGGGAUGGCAGGGAUUGUGAAGCAGCAGAUAGACAGCCAUAUCACAGAUCCAGAUCAACAGAACAGCGGCCUCUCCUUGAGCGGACCACCACCCGCUCCAGAUCCACUGAGCGUCCCGACUCAAACCUCAUGAGGUCGAUGCCUUCAUUAAUGACGGGAAGAUCUGCCCCUCCUUCACCUGCCUUAUCGAGGUCUCAUCCUCAUACUGGGUCUGUCCAGACAAGCCCAUCUAGUACUCCACUAGCAGGACGAAGGGGCCGGCAGCUUCCACAGCUUCCACCAAAGGGAACGUUGGAGAGAAUGAUCACAGAAGACGUGGACUCCUCAAGGAGAAGAUAUGCAGGUACUAUGGAUAUAGAGGAGAGAAAUCGCCAAAUGAAAAUUAACAAAUACAAACAGGUAGCCGGAUCAGAUCCCAGACUGGAACAAGAUUACCAUUCGAAGUAUCGAUCAGGAUGGGAUCCUCAUAGAGGGGCAGAUAAUAUUUCCACAAAAUCUUCGGACAGUGAUGUAAGUGAUAUAUCUGCGGUUUCAAGGACUAGUAGUGCUUCUCGUUUCAGCAGCACAAGCUACAUGUCUGUCCAAUCAGAACGGCCGAGAGGAAACAAGAAAAUCAGUGUCUUUACGUCCAAAAUGCAAAGCAGACAAAUGGGUGUCUCGGGGAAGAGCAUGACGAAGAGCACCAGCAUCAGCGGGGACAUGUGCUCGCUGGAGAAGAACGACGGCAGCCAGUCAGACACGGCUGUGAGCGCCUUGGGCACCGGGGGCAAGAAGCGGCGCUCCAGCAUCGGGGCCAAAAUGGUAGCUAUUGUUGGUCUCUCGAGGAAGAGUCGCAGCGCCUCGCAGCUCAGCCAGACCGAAGCAGGAGGUAAAAAGCUACGGAGCACAGUGCAGAGAAGUACAGAGACUGGUCUGGCUGUGGAAAUGAGGAACUGGAUGACCCGGCAGGCAAGCCGAGAAUCUACUGAUGGCAGCAUGAAUAGCUACAGCUCGGAAGGAAACCUGAUUUUUCCUGGUGUCCGCUUGGCCUCUGAUAGCCAGUUCAGCGACUUUUUGGAUGGCCUUGGCCCUGCCCAGCUCGUGGGGCGUCAGACUCUGGCUACACCAGCAAUGGGUGACAUUCAGGUAGGAAUGAUGGACAAAAAAGGACAGUUGGAGGUGGAAAUCAUCCGGGCCCGUGGCCUUGUUGUCAAACCAGGUUCCAAGACACUGCCAGCACCCUAUGUAAAGGUGUACCUGUUAGAUAAUGGAGUCUGCAUAGCCAAAAAGAAAACAAAAGUGGCGAGGAAAACGCUGGAGCCCCUUUACCAGCAGCUUUUGUCAUUCGAGGAGAGCCCCCAAGGAAAGGUGUUACAGAUCAUCGUCUGGGGAGACUAUGGCCGUAUGGAUCACAAGUCCUUCAUGGGAGUGGCCCAGAUACUAUUAGAUGAACUGGAGCUGUCCAACAUGGUGAUUGGAUGGUUCAAACUCUUCCCCCCUUCUUCCCUAGUAGACCCAACCUUGGCCCCUCUGACAAGAAGAGCUUCCCAGUCAUCUCUGGAAAGUUCAACUGGACCUUCUUAUUCUCGUUCAUAG